CUUAGGUUUUAUUAACAAAAUGUAAACAUGAGGAAAACGGCGACGCUUUCCAGUAAUUCCUGUAGAUUUUCAGGCUAAAAUGAUACGACGAAAAUCGUCGUAAAGGUAUGACGUGCAACGAUCACGAUUAAUGAGGUCUAUAAAACUGAAAUUUGUUACCAAACCGUUUCAUUCAGCUGAUGUUCCUCGUACGGUGAAGUUCCUCAUUCGUUUAUUUAUUACCUACUACUACCUCUCCACAAUGGCAGUAUUACGGGUUUGUUUAGGAAUACUUCUUCUGACGAGUAUGCUAAAUGCAAUCGAAUCCUCCCACAACCGCUUAAGACACGAGAAAGGCUCUCCAGAGCUUAGAAAGAGAAGACUGUCCGAUAUUGUUAGGCGAAGACGAGCUUCCGAAUCGAAAAGUAAACGCGCGGCUUAUUAUAAUCCAUGGACGCCUCCGAACAUGGUGCGAACACCCCCAAAUCGAAAACCGUCGUUCACUCUUUGGCAGCCCAAUCAAGUACAAAUACAGCGGCCUUACUACAUUCCCAUUUGGGGACCUCCAGGGAAACCUCCGAUCUAUUUUCCACCUCAGCCCAUCUAUUUAAACCCCGGCCUCCCCCUUAACAACCGGUACUUGCCGCCAGCUGGCGAAAACACAACCGUACCCACCGACAACAAAUUCGGAGAAGAUGGACCGAUUUGGGGUACGGUCAACGAGCCCGCAACGGUGCCACCCACAAGAAAACCGAGACCUCCGGUAACCCAUCCGCCCAUAGUACGACCGGCCGACAGCGAAACCACGAACAACGAGAUUACGCCGAGUCGUGAGCCGGUGGUUGAAAACCAGCCUCCUGCACCUUCAAUCGGGAAUCAACCCAGCCGAUGUGUCUGGGCCAUCAUAUCCUGUUGUUCGGCAUCAUCCAAUACAGUCAGCUACGAUUGCUUCGAACAGUUAGGGUGUAAUGGGGCGUUUUGGGACAACAGCCCUUGUGACAGUGAAAUCGCACGCGCAGCUAUCUCGACUGCUAUGAACUAUUAUCAAACAAGAUAAACAGUAAUGUUUAUAGGCGGCUAAAUGUUCCUUCCAGAGAACUAUCUGUUGUAAUUAUAGUAAUUUAUAACUAAUAAUUUAAUUUUAAGAUGUCCAGUGAUAAUAUCAUUAAUUUUCAAUCGUGCGGCUCUUUAUGUGAAUGACGUAAAGAUCCUCUCCUUGUUUAAUAAAACUUAUUUUAUUUUAUA